AUGUCGUUGACAGUCGGGUAUUUGGAGCAAAUAAUAAAGGACAGGCUGGAAGCUGCGCUGGUUCAAGUCCAAGACAUGUCCGGAGGCUGUGGUCAAGCUUUUGCCGUGAUUAUUGUGAGUGAUGUCUUCAAAGGAAAGAACAAGCUCAUGAGACAUCGGAUCGUCAACAAGGCGUUGGAGCAAGAAAUUGCUGCCAUCCAUGCCUUUACGCAGAAGGGAUUCACAGUAGAAGAGUGGGAGAAACAGAAAAACGAUUAUCAAUGA